AUGUCUAUUUUUUGGACAGGGAGACUGCUAUCACGUGCUUUACGAAAUGGACUUUCGAGUUUCUCCAGUGCGGCAGAGUUAAAUGUUUCGAAAACAAAUCAACCUUAUCUAGUUUCAGUAGUAUGUGGUUUUCCAAAAGACAUUGCUAAUGGAAGAACGCGUAAAGGACAAUUCGGUGACGACGCAUGGUUCUCCACCAAUUCAAACAGCGCAGAUGUUAUUGGUGUUGCAGAUGGUGUAGGAGGAUGGCGUGCUUAUGGCAUUGAUCCAGGCGAGUUUUCCUCGUACCUCAUGAAGACCUGUGAAAGACUAGUUCGGAUGGGACACUUUAAACUAACAGAGCCUGGAGAUUUGUUGGCCAAGUCUUAUUAUGAAUUAUUGGAACACAAAAAACCAAUAUUAGGUAGUAGCACAGCAUGUGUAAUGAUACUCGACCGCUCAGAGAGCGUAAUGCGCGCCGCGAACAUCGGCGACAGUGGGUACAUGGUUGUACGUGGCGGCCGAGUAAUACACCGCUCCCACGAACAACAGCACUAUUUCAAUACGCCCUAUCAGCUCAGCCUGCCACCGCCGGGACAUGACCGAAAUGUGCUAAGUGACAGGCCAGAAUCAGCGGAAACGUCACACUUCUCGGUAGAGUGCGGUGAUGUAAUCCUUGUGGCGACAGACGGUGUUUUCGACAAUGUACCAGAGCCCGUGCUGGUGGCGGAAAUGCGUCGCGCACAGGACUUUGCGGGGAAUACAGAGAGGCUCCAGGCUGUCGCCAAUUCAAUUGCUUGGAUGGCGCGCAACCUCUCCUUCGAUGGCUGCUACAUGUCGCCUUUCGCCAAAAGUGCGAGACAAAAUGGCAUAGACGCUAUAGGAGGAAAACCGGACGACAUAACGGUGCUACUCGCUAUUGUAGCGCUAUGA